GAAUUGAUCAGUUUAAUGUGAUACCGUCAGCCCGUUCGGACGUGGUUUUCUUCCGUGGUGUCCUCGCGGUACGGUUGUUCCGACCAGUGUGUGUAUGGUCUAUACCACAUCAGCUGGGUGUGCUUACUGUGUGAGUUUUUCUUUCGGGAAAUCUGUUCGCCCAAUUGGCCCAUUUUGGGUGCUGUUCACAUUUCCUAGGAUGCUUUUUCCAACGGUCCCGAGCGGAACAAGCAGAGAUUAAUUUCUUUUGAAAAUUUGCCAAAAAGGUAGAGGCGAAAAAACGUGUCGAAACCACAUCACGGUGCGUAGGACGACGACGUGUGACGGAACGCCCCUAUAGGAGGAAGUGUCUGUCGGUUCGGUGUGGUGGCGUUAGUAGGCUCAUACGGAUCAUACAAGGAUACGUAGCGCUAAGAUAUGAACGUAGCGCAGGUAAAAGAAGGUGUGUGAGUGUAUGCCCGAUUUGCAUUAAACAUAGAUUUCUGAUUAACGAAAGUGGCGAAGGCAGCAAACGGCGGUGGGAAGCGAGCUCCGGUGCCAAUAAGAAGGAAAUAUUUACGGGUCUCGAGCCGGGAACUCGUUAGGAAGCGUGAUUCUUCCUUCAUAAGGUGGUUCGAUCGAAUAUUCUGUGCGUUAGGAGUGAGUGUGUAGUAUUUUUUUUUGUUCAGUUCUGCUUGCUCCUUUCACUUUCUUCGAUGACUGAGAAGAUACUGAAGUCGCGAAGCACGGUGCGGAUAAUCUGAACCAGGCGAAGAGUAAACUGGAGAAAGACUGCAUUUUAACCAACGGGGGACCAAUUACCGAAACGUUCCAGCUGGCUCGAUGGCGGAGGCUCGCUAAUGAUUGAAACCGAAGUGGCCCUGCCCGAAAGGUCUCAUUACAUUAUCGCCAGUGUACCGUAACGGGGGAUCCGCGUGCCAAGUGCCAACCCAGUCCAUCAUUGUUUACAUUUUUAACGACUCAGGAAGGUGUGCUCGAGAGGACUCGAUUCGGAGAACGGUGGAAGUUUAGUCACGAAGUUCGUUUGAUUACAUUUUAAUCGAUACGCGGUGAAAAAUUCUAACCAAAAAUUCCAAAGCCAUCGCAUUCUUGUCGUGAAAAUUUAAUGAAUUUUUCUCCUGAAUGUAUGAGAACGUUGAUUCCCUUCGGAACGCAGGCGAAUUGUGUUGUGUUAAAGGCUGAAGGAAAAGUUUUGCUGGGCGCUGAUUUUGCAGACGUCAGACAACGCGUGAAGUACUUUGAGAAUAAAGCAAACAUGUGCGCGUAGUUGUGGAAAGUGAUUUGCUCCGUUUACCUGUCCGUGUGCAAAGAAAUAAAGUAAUUAUUUUUCCACCGCAUUUUCCAGCAUUCGCUGCCAGCGGAUAAAAGUUAACUCCAACAAGCAGCAGCAGCAGUCCCACGAGACACACUCUGCGGAGCAGAAACAAUGUGAGAAAACAAACGUUUGUUUCGAGAAGCGUUUCAGUACAGUACUACAAAGUGGGUAGAGAUUUAAUCCGGAAAAAAGUCCCCAUAGCGGAAGCUGUUCCGCUGAGCGUGAUGUGGUGAAAGAAGAUUUUGCUCACUUAUCUAACAGGAGAAAAAAAAACACGAAACCAGUAACAACAGAACGGUCGCGAAACGAGCAAAAGACGCACGAAAAGGGCCACCCAAAUGUCGAAUGCAUGAAACAUAAUGGAUUACCUGGGCAACUUAAAAUGGACCUCCACAGACGAUUGAAGGUUUUUCCGGUCGUCGCCUUAACAUGGGUAUGCUUAGUUGCACUAUGCUGUGUUAAACUGACGGAGGCGAGAAUUGGAUAUUUCUGGCACAUAACGGAUUUACAUUUCGAACCGUAUUACACUACCAAGGGAGAUAUUUUUCGAAGCUGCUGGUACAACGAGCACCGUGCCGACACGAACAACGUCAAGCGACCGGGAACCUUCGGCGACUACAUGUGUGACAGUCCAUGGAGUCUGCUGGAGUCGGCCACACAAGCGAUGAAAUCCAAACAGGGCGAUAACGUCGAAUUCGUACUCUGGACUGGCGAUGGCCUGUCCCAUUCGGCCAAACGGCUGCACGAAACGAGCCGGCUGGAGCUGCUGAGGAACAUCACCGAGCUGAUGAGUCGCACCUUCCCGUCGCAGUUCGUCUUUCCGGUGCUUGGCCACGAGGACGGCAGCCCGAACUUUGUGCAGCUGGGUGAACUUUGGCGCCACUGGUUGCCGUCCGAGGCACUGCAAACGUUUGAGAAAGGCGGAUACUACACAAUCGAGCAGACCAAGAGCCGUCUGCGGAUAAUAGCUUUAAACACAAACUACAUGCGCCACGACGCUAAAUUUUCGCAAUCGCACUCAUCGGCAGUGAAGCAGCGACCGGACGGAUCGAUUCACUACACCGGCGGCAUCGAUCACCGGUACGACCGGGACCACCAUAUUGGCCUCGGCAAACACUACCACCGGGGGGACUAUAGUGGGCCCCCCGGUAGCGUGGGGAGCGGCGGCUAUCCCGUGUACAGCAGUGAUAGGAGAAAUAGCUAUAGCAGCAGUAGUAUCGUAGAUGGCGGCAGCAGCAACAGCGGCGGCAGCAGCGGAGGUAGUAGUAGCGGUAGCAACGGUGGCCACGUCAGUGCAUUAUCGGGAUCGGGCAGCCACGAGUCGGAGAAACAGUGGGAGUGGCUCGAGGAUGUGCUAGCGAAAUCCAGUAGGAAUAAAGAAACUGUGUAUAUAGUAGGACACAUACCACCAGGCUCGGAUGAGCGCCACAUUGGGCACCCGAUGCCGUACGGACACACGAGCUUCACCGAAAAGAACAACCUGCGUUACCUGCGGCUGGUGAAAAAGUACUCGUCGAUUAUUCAGGGUCAAUUCUUCGGCCACCUGCACUCGGACUCGUUCCGUGUUGUCUACAGUGACAAUGGCAAACCGGUCUCGUGGAUUAUGAUUGCCCCCUCGAUAAGCCCACGGAGGAUGGGCGAGUCGAACAAUCCCGCGAUGAGGUUGUACAAAUUCGACACCGACACCGGGCAGGUGCUAGACUACACUCAGUACUAUCUGGAUCUGGCGCAGGCCAACCUGCAGGAGGAAGCGGUGUGGAUACCGGAAUACAAUUUGACCACCUACUAUUAUGGCCUAGGCGAGGUUUCGUCGGUGGCGCUGCACAACCUUGCCGAUCGGUUCACCACUGCGGACGAUACGCAGUUUAUCAAAUACUACCGCGCCAACUCGGUCCGGCACCAGACGCAGCCCUGCGAGGGUGUCUGCCAGCUCAAUCACUACUGUGCCAUAACGCGGCUGGAUUACCGCGACUUCCGCAACUGUCUGGAGUCGGAGGCCAAGGCGAUGGCCUCCAAGAAUGGUGCCGCCGCCGGUGUAGGUCGCGGUUUGGCCGGUACCGUCAUCACUCUGGCGGUCCUACUUUCGUUGCUCAUCGGUGGCUGUGCUAGCAGUUGGUGUCCCGUAACCGUUCGCCUAGCGUUGCUCGGUGCGACCGCAAGGGUCGUCGCUCUGCUGCUGACCCAGGCUGGCGGUUCGUCGCUGGCUAACCAGUGCGAACGCUUCCAGGAGAUUCGUGGUUAAGCGAAUGUGAACGAGAUUAUUUAGCGUGCGUAUUUCAGCAUAACGUCAUGUUCCCCUUUUUUAUAGCUGUUCAGCUGCUGUUGUGUGCGAAGGUGACCGAUAGUGAGAAUGCUAGAGAAGAAAUGUUUUACAUAUGCAUUAUAUUUAUUGAUUUUUCCGCCGCGGCCGCUUCAUCUCGAGUAACAAAUUACUGUGGAACCGCACCGGGACUACAUAGGAGGGAGACUUGGGAAAUCGGCAUAAAAACCCAAAGCGUUACCGGACAAUGUGAAAUUCAAACAAAUAAAAGCCAGAAAAUUAUUUAUUCUGUAAACGAUAACAGAAAAUACCCGACAGCACCCUGAAAAACGUGAAAAAGGAUUACUAUGAGCUUGUUUCUAUUAGCGUUGGGUUUGCGCUUGUGUUUGUUUUUUUUUCGGCUAUGGUCGACAAAACGACAGCCGUUUCUAUCUUGCUCUUUUUUUUUUGCUUUGGCGUCCACAUUGGGCUCGAAGGUUUGACCGAUUGCAAGUGGUUGCAUAUCCACGCUCGGGUUAGCCCAACUGCCAGCUUCUGCACCAUUGGGGUGUAGUCGAAAUUAUUCGUUUUUAUGUGGGAAUUUCACGCCGAGAAUGAAAAAGUUGAAUUAAUAAAAAGUUGAACGCAGUUUUCAUUAGGUUUCAGUAAUAUUUUGCGGCCACCUUGGUAUAUGACUGAGGUUUGGCGUUAUUUUAUAUUGGUACCGGACUGAAUAUUCAUAAAAGAAGUAGUCGAUGUGAUCAUUAUGAUCAGUAUAAUCAUCAGGGUAAUCAACCAAAACAGAAAUGCUCCCCCUGACAGUCAUACUGGAAUACAACCUAGAAAAAAAAAUCGUUUCGGAUUUUGUUUGCCCGUUGUAAUUGGGAUGUUGGCGCUCUUCACUGGAGCCCGUUUUGGGGCGUACGAUGGGAUUUACCGUUUUUUUUAUAAUCUUUCACUCGACAAACAGCGCACAGUCACAUAGGCGAAGAGAAAGAGGGUAAACGAAAGCCUGUGAGAACUGAUAUGUUAUUUCAUUUCAACGCGUUUUUCUAUACCUUUCGUUUUUCGGUUAACAGAACGCGAAAGGAUUAUCCAGUGGAAAAGUUGAAACGGCACGAUCCCGGGAAAUUGCUUUUUUAAGGACGCUCUGCUCGCACAGGGGCUCGGCCAUUCCAUAAUACAAUUAGGCGAGUUGAUCUGCCAGAAAAGCGGAUGGUAAACAAAAGGUCGCUCCAUUCGGGGUUGAUCAAUGGAAAAUAAAAAGUACUUCUCUUUUCACAUUCAAAUUUUAAUUAAAACGAAAAGCUAUGCGGUAACUAUGACUUCCUCAGUCAGGCGACCGGUUCUGAUCUUCGACGAAAAGCUAGCUGCCUGCAAACUGCAUGCCGGUGAAAAGCAGUCGGAAGAAAUUUUGUCAUUUUGAAUUCUAGUCGUGGAAUGAUGGAAACGAAAAAAAAACGAUAUUCGGCAGUUUCUGGUAUUUUUUUUCAAGAAAGUAUAAGUGAUACGUAUGGCUUGAACCUCAUAAAUCACACUACUUCUGACAUUCCGUGCCUCGCAAAACUUGGGGUGAGAAAAUUUAUAAUUCAUUUUACGUAAUGGCACAUCCUCUAGAUAUGGGAAGAAAAGAGCAGUAAAUUAAUCUUGAAAAAACCCAUCUAAAUAAGUUACAAAAAUUGCUCCGAAUCAAACGCCGAUAAAUCAACCGGUGGAAUCUGCCGACCAGGAGAGAUUUCAUCGUCCGCAAAAUUGAGCUGAAAUUAAAUCCGGGACCAAGCAUGGAAAAAGGGUAACAUUUAUUACCAACUGGCAACCGAGUUAAAUGGCUGCCGCUAAGAUGCGCAGCCCAUCGAAAAGCUGGAGGAAUUUCGAAUAAGAAAAAAAAACUCCAAGCUGCCGUUCCGCAUCGAAAGCAUCCAAAGAAGUACCACAUAAAUCUCUGGAAUGGCUUUUCCGUAGCUAACCUCAGAAAUAAAAAUUACUGAAGAGAAAGAAAGACGAACUUGGGCAAACAGUCUGGCGCACCUUCUGUGACCUUCCCCCAUGCCGCUCCCUGUGUUCUCCCAAGAAUAAUACAAAUAAAUCGAUCGAGAUGAAAUUAGGCAGUGGGAAAAAACAGUUAAAUAAAUAUUCCCAAAAAAAGUAAAAGAAACAAAAAAGGGAAAACCUUCAUUCAGCGUUAUUUAUUUUUGCUAAGCGAAAUGAAAUUUAAUGUGAUACAAACUGAUUGAUUGAGAGCCUAAAAAACCAUAAAACAUUCAAUGAUAUGGAACGAACGAACGAACGGCCGAAACGCAAAUUCAAGCAUGCUAACUAACAUCCCGUGCCGUUUCCUUCCCCCUACCCCUCCUAGAAUGGGAGGACUAGGCGAAAUCAGGAACGACAGCCAGUGUAAAUAAACCCUUCACACAGACAGAGGCCCAUCAUCAAGAUCAACUUUAGCAUAUAGGUAAAUAGCGUAGCUAAUGGCAUAUGGACAGUUUUGUUGCGUCAAAUCUAAAAUCUAUACGAAAAUUAAACCAAAAUAUUUACUAAGCAAAGUUUCUGUUCCGAAGCUAUUAUCAUAUUAGAGCAAAAAUUCGUGCGUAAAAACCAAAUUUCAAACAUUGUAAAAUCUAGCCUGUAAAUCUAGCUGCUCCUAGGUAAAUAAACAAUGUGUAAAAACUUCCGCAAGUGAAAAGUGAACUCGAUUUUAGCUGCUAGCCGGUGUUUGUCUGGAGAGAGAAAUGGGACACUAAAAAUAAAACUACAUAAUGAAAUAAAGAAGAAAAAAAAAACAAAGAAAAUCCUAUACCAAAUUUGUUAACUGUUUGGAGGCGAUUAUAUUUUGCAUACAUCUCAACAACUGGAACUUUUUAUUGCUCGGCCUGACCGUGGACAGUUUAGAUGAAUGCAGUUUGUAACUAAAAACAAAACAGAUACUAUUUAAUGACAUUUAAAAUUACCAUUAUCAAGAUGGUCGUACUUUGGCCAAACUAAGCGGGAGAUGAUAAGCUCAUGUAAGAAUAAAGGAGAAAAAGUAAAACAUCACUCGCCUCUUAGAAAUAAUUCAAACAAAAAAUUGCUACAAAACCGGAAAGGUAAAAACCAGUGCGCAUCUAUAUUACUGCAGAGAGUAUGGUGAAAAAAAACCUGGCAAGUCAGUCGACUGCUGGGACAUCGGAAGAGCAAGAAAAAAAAAACAAGAUAAGUUCAAUAAAGAAGUAAAUGUUUUUAAAUAAA